AUGAGCAUCGCUCAACACGAUGAGCAUGGGAAUGCAGAUGACGAAUACCUGGAGGCAUCAACCGUGUGGGAUACCAUUAAGGAUGUGAAUGUCCAUGGCCUAGCCGUCGGAAGAAUGACCAUUCUCCAAGAGCCGUCUCCGAUGAUGCUUGCCGGGGUUCACAUGACAAUGAGCAGAAACUUUGAUAUGGACGAAAUCUUCCAGCACCUCGUGAAAAAGGACGGCAACAAAGGACAGACAAAGGCAUUCAUGCAUCGAGCCUUCGAGCAAACACAAACACGCCAGCGAAGUUUCUUCUUCGCUUUCAAGUACUAUACUGUCGUGGGAGAUGGUCUAACGCCAGCUCCGUGGCAGCAGUUUGAUGACCGGCCGCCAGACAAGAAAUCACCCGAUCACAUCGACAUUACCGAGUGCAGUUCAGUGCUAGCGCUGUCGUUGGAAGGAGAUCCAGUGAAGACCAUCAGGCUUCGUAGUCGAAGACGUCGCGGUGCACAACUGGGCGCAGUCUAUGAAACGUUUGCCCCGUGGCAUCUUCUCCAUAUACAAUGGUACGCCGAUGACGAGCACUCCAUGCGGAGUGAAGACAUCAAGAAACCUUUCUAUAGUGGUCCAUAUGCCUUCUUGGACAGUCUGGCUGCGGAAUAUAGAGAUGCCGUGAAGAGGUAUUUGAAUUUGAACGAAUUGAUCAGCAAGCUAACCACGCCACCGCCACAAUUCAUGUUUGAUGGCAGAUUACGUGACAAGCUACUGUUCGAAGACAAAGACUUCACCUACAGUCGUCGAUAUUUCUGGGCUUACAAUACUCUUGGUGUUAUCAACGAAGGGAUCAAAUCGAUGACCAGCGCGUACCACGAUACAUUCACCGCCGAAUUCUGGGCCGGCAAACAUCCGUAUUUGUGGCCGCAUCCCGAUCCCGAGUCUCAGGCUGGUCGAAAUUACCUGGCGAAAUUGCAAGGAGUCAGGCACGAGAUUGAGAGGGCCGUAAAGCAGCUUGGGGCAUGUCUUACCAAAAAUGAGAUGGUCCGUCAAGAAAUUAUGAGCUUGAGGGAACAGCUUUUCAGUGGCAGCUCAGUCAAGGAAAGUAGAAGGGCUAUAGAGCAGGGCGACAACAUCAAGAUCCUCACAGGUGUCUCGAUGCUUUUUCUUCCUCUGACCUUUGUUACGUCCGUCUUUGGUAUUACGGAGUUUACCAUAAGCGCCAGUGACUGGCGGUUUCCUGUCACAAUGAUCGGAGUCUGUGUCCCCUUCUUUAUCCUCAUCUUCCUGCUCCAAACACGCAUGGGGAUGGAAUGGGUGAAGAAGAUGGGCAACUUCUUUGAGACUCAUCUCAGCUUUGGGGCCGUCAGUGAUCGUGCUCACCGCAGACGAGAGCGUCAACUCCAGCUGCAGCAUCUGAAUGCUGGAGACAGCCACUCAAUUUUGGCAACACGAACCAAGCGAACCAUCCCGUUUCGUCGGCGGAGGAAGAGAGGUAAGGUGGCACCUCAUAUCGAAGUCGAGAGUAUUAUACAGAGCCGAUCGGAGAAGAGCGUCUGGCAAUCGUGGCGUAGGAAGAAGGGCGAUGAUGUCAGCGCUCCGAAGGAUGGAAAUGUUGUAUAG